AUGCAGAAAGCGCUCGAGAUGUUGUGUGUGGUGUGGGCCAUGGCUUGCCUGAGAACGGCAGCGGCAGAGGCCGACAUCGGCUGUAUCGAAGAAGAGGCUGCCCUAUCCUUGCGGCAGCUGAGAGUGAAAGGUCAAAGUCGAGAUGAGGGCCAGGAUUCCGUGGACUCGCAGAGCUCAGAGCUUGAGCUUGACCUGGGCCUGGAUAGCUCAACCGUAGAUGUUGUGGAUUUGUCAUCUGAUGCCGACUCUUCCGAGCAAGCCGGGAUGCCGAUGAUCCCUUAUCCGAAGGAGUACUGCAGGCACUGCGGUGAAAUGGCCUUCUGCCACCGUGCGUCAAACCCGGGUUGUGGUGGAUAUGCAACAAGUGGAGUGGCCAGCUUCAACAAUCGCAUCCGGGCAAAGGGAUGCGCCAUAGGUCCCGUCCUCACAGUGCCUCGAUCAUACGUCCGGGAUAUCUCGGUCCUUGCGAAGACUCCGGGCGGUUUCGAGACGCUUGUGCAAAUGCUCCAGAGCGGUUUCCGACUGUAUGAGGGGAAAGGCCAUAGUGGUCCAGUGCCACAGGUGAGCUCGAGUCCCCAUCAGCUCCACAUCCGUGGAUCCCCUGCAGGCGGCAGGCCUUCGCCGCCUGGAUCUCCGCAUCGGACAAAUGUCGGCUUUAGCAGAGAAGGUGACGCGGAGUCUUCCAGCCACCUCCAGCCGUCCUCUCCUGGGCACAGUCCUCCAGUCAGUCCUGUGCCAGGACCUCCACCGCCCAAGGAGACGGAUGUGCUGUCCCCUCCGCCGGAGCAUCCGAUCAGCCCGGGCAGUGGGCCAACAGGCGUCAAGAAUUCGAUGAUUGCAACGAAUGCCAAGACCAUCCCUCGUUUCUGGUGGCCCAAACGCGAUCAGAUCUCCGAGCUUGGCCAGGAGUACAAAGACCAGAUUCACGACAUAUUCGUGAAGCAGGGCAUCACCGAUGGGCUAAAGAACUGGGAGCAGUGCGAGCAGAUUGUCACUGAUGUUUUCAAGCUGUCGAAAUAUUUCGCCGCCCCUAUUUUCCACAAGAUGAAGGCCUUCUAUGACAUCGUUGACCGCAGCGCAAUUUCCAAGCGCGAUGCCAUGAUGGUGCCUACGCCCGUACCGAUCACAGAAAUGAUGGUGGUUGGUUGGGCGAACCGGAAAAUCCAGCCUGAUGAUCCGACCCUGAGCUUCUUCUCAGUGGUCAAGAAGGACCACAAUGACUGGAUCGAGAAGGAGGACUUCGACGUCUUCCUGCAUGCUAUCUUGAUGACCCAUCCAGGCUUAGACUUCCUGCUGGAUACACAGGAGUUCCAAGAUAGAUAUGCCGAUACGGUCACCAGCCGAAUCUUCUACAUUUACGAUAGGAAGGGGACGGGUCGAAUCUACCUGCAAAAUCUGCGGCGGUAUCAGCCGUCCAUCGUCGAGACGUGGAAGCAGCUCGAGGACUACGAUGACAUGAAGAUGAUACGCGACUAUUUCAGCUAUGAGCACUUCUAUGUGAUCUACUGCACGUUCUGGGAGCUGGACUCCGACCACGACUUCCUCUUAGACAAAGACGACCUCCUGAAGUAUGACGGGCACGCGCUGUCUAGAAGAACAGUGGACCGGAUCUUCAGCGAGGUGACAUGGCGGUUCACGUCGGCUGUGCCCGGCAAGAUGGGAUACGAGGAUUUCAUCCACUUCCUCCUGAAUGACCAGGCAGUGAUCAAGAACGCUGACAUGGCCGAGGACAUGCAACAGGAUGCCAUCGACUUACAAUCCGACCUGGCAUGCAGUUGUCGGACGCAACUUCGGCUCAUACGUCACGCACGAGACGAAGCACUUCAUCUACUUCUAUCUGGGUCAGGUGGCCAUCCUCCUCUUCAAGUCGGGCUGAGUCCGCUGAAGGCACAGUACAGUGAGACGGCCCUGUCAGAUCAGGUUGUGGCGCGCUGGGUGAAUGAUUUUUUUCUCUUGGUGCUGCUGCUGGUGAAGUUCUUCUACGAGGAGCAAGUGCAGCGCAUGGAGUGCCUGAACUACGAAACCAUCGCGUUUUGCGAUGUCUUGUGCCAGCUGCAUGACAUGAUUUGUCCGAGAGUUGCUGGAGAGCGAGGAACGCUGCGGAAGCUGUACAAUCUGCGCUCCUUGGUGAACCAUGGUGCUGCACGUGCUGAUAGCUUUUUACAAAUGCAAUUUCGAAUUCAUGCCGAUGCUAUCGCGAGACUUGGAUGUUCAAACGAUCCUCGGCUAGUCAGCUACUUCAAGCAUGCUAGGCUUCGGGACUUUGAGGACGACCUCCACACAGGCCUGCGUGUGGAGAGCCCGGGUGCCGAGCUCGUCGUUGGCGCCUGCGAGCCUCCGGCUGGCGGACGCUUUGGGGCAAAGACAGAGAUCAUCUUGGCAGAUCAGGUUCUCAGCGUCUUUCAAAAGAUUCACGUCUUGCCCUACAAGGACACCUUCAAGUACAACUUCGACCACAUGUACCACAAUCACAUCGUUCCGUACUUCCAGACCCAGCAAGUUGGAGAGUUCACCAAGGGUUUCGAGUUUUCCUACGAUUCCGUGAGGUUUCAGGUCGUGGGCGUGCAGCCGGAGGACUCCUACGGAGUUGUGGGACACAACACAGAGAUCUUCUAUGAAGGGCCCGAGAUCGAGCGGAAGGUUCUUGAACGCUUACAGUUGAUUCCUUUCGAAGAAGGCCUGCCAGAUAAGUACCGGCCGAACAAGCUGUCCCUGGACGAAGCCGGCCUUUUGCGGGACUACGUGCGUCCCUACUUCGCUCAACGUUCGGCAGCCGUCCGUACUGGCGAAACACUGCAAAUCCGAGACCUGCGCUUCAAAAUUAUUGCGACGCGGCCAUCGGAGGGCGGUGGCGUUGGCAAAGAGACGGAGCUCGCCUGCCAGGGGGUGGCCUUAAAGGAGCACUUCAAGCCUCCACCCCGGGCUCAACCUAAGGGAAAGGCGGCUGCGAAGGCGGCUGCGGCCGCUUCAAGGGACGACCAAGGCAACCAGCAAUGCAUGGUCUCGUAG